AUGGGAGAAGACCCUCAUAAAAUCGCUUUAGAACAACAACAUAAAGCUUUUACAUUAGUACACAGAAUACUAAAACGGUCUAAACGAAGACAAGCUAAAUAUGCGAAUAAAAAUACAAAAGACGUGGAAUUUAAAAUUGGAGAUCCCGUGUACUAUAAAAAUAAUCAUCGGCAAAGUAAACUUCAGUCUAAAUGGAAACCAUUCUAUAGGAUAAUUGAACAAAUCUCACCUGUUACCUUUAAAAUCAAAAGUCAAUUAGACGGCAAGGUCACUAAAGCACAUAAAGAAUUAUUACGGUUAGCAAAGAUUGAUGAAUGGGAACUACCAACGAACGAGCAAGGUAGACCGUUACGAAAAGCCGCUUAUGUAAUGCCUCCUGAAUCGCAGUCCGAUAAUAAUGAUGACAAUUCUGAAACAAAUAAUGAAGAACAAAAUUCGGAUAAUGAAUCGAUUGAUAAUAAUAUGUCUGAAAUUAAUGAUAAUAUGUCUGUAAAUUCAGAUAAGGAUUCAGUUCAUUCCGAUUCAAAUAAAUCUAUCAAUAAUUCAUCGAGCGAUGACAGUGAGGAUAAUAUUCCGCUGGCAAAAUUAGCUAAAAAAUAUCGCAAGGAGAGAGAUAAUUCUUCAUCCGAAGAUGAUAUUCCAUUAUUUGAAUUAUCAAAACGUUUAGAGCAAGCAAAGAAUACUGAAAAUUUACAAAAUGACACUCAGAGCGAAACGGAAUUGAAAACAGAUCGAAGUGAUGAUACUUCUGAAAGUAGCCAUAGUUCAUUUAUGGAGAUAAAUGAAUGUAAGAAACAUCUAACGAAGGAAUUAAAGAAACGCUGUCCAUCUUCAAAAACUAAUGUGAAACAACUGUUACGAACAAUAGCUGAUUUAUUAUAA